UUAUUUAGUGAGUGAAAAUAUGUUCGGUGCUCCUUUCAAUUCUCAAGAUCAUCCCCAAUCGACGAUCAACGAGAUUUGCACCACCGAACCGCCCAAGAAGAAUAAAGAUGACCUCCGCGUUGAUCGCAGGCCUAUCAAUGAGGUUUUCUUCAACGGCAAAUACGACGAACAUGAGAGGGGAAAACAAUUCAAGAAGGAAAUUCGAGACCGAGUUCUGGAAAAGUUAAAAGCUUACGACGACUCGGUUGAAGAAAGAAGAAAAAAGCUCCGGGAGUUGCUUUGCAUAGAAGAACGACAAUUCUACUAUGAAACCAUAAAUAACAUACAAAAAAAACAAGAUCUGAAGAUGGCGGAGAUGAAACAGCGUGCAGAACUGUUGAAGGCCCAACGGGAGGCCGAACGUUUGGAGCUCGUACGUCAAAAGCGAAUCACACAAUACCGGAACAAGUGCCCCGAAUCAACGCCGAAACUGAUCCAAAAGAACUUGAUUGAAUCCAAACAAAUACAGCUUCAGCAGAUUAAAGAAAACGAAGCUAGAAGGCAAGCGGAUAGGGAGCUGGAGAGGAUGUGGCACGAGUUAUGCGCCAAAGAAUUAGAAGUUAAGAGGAAACGGGAAGCUCAGGAUUUGGAAGAAAGGAAAAACAGGCAAAAAGAAAUUGCCGAUACGUGGAAAAAGCAAAUGGAAUGCAAGAAGUUGUUGAAAGACGAGUACGAACAAGGCACCCACGAAGAAACAAUGGAAAUGAAAAAACUGGCGGAGGAGUUAAAGAUUGAAGAGAUAAAAGCCUUAAGAGCGAAACAAAAAAAGCGCGACGAAACAGCGAAACAGCUCCUUGAACAAAUAGCUCAUCAGGACAGGCUGCAGGCUGAACGACGCGAGCAGGAGAACGCUUUAGACAAAGCGCUGAUCAAUUUAACACAGGUGGAGCUAGAGCGGGAAAAGGCUUCUUGGAAAGAGCAGAGCGAGCGAGCUAGAAGAGAAACAGAGCUCUACCGAAAACACUUGAGGGACUUGGAAAAGCAGAGGAAACUGGAGGAGGAAAAGCUCGAUGAGUUGCUCGAAAUACAUCGAAAAUCAAUUGAAGCGAAACAUAACGAAGCCCGGUGCAAGUUGAUUGAAGCCAAACGCAAACUACAACAGGAUGUAUUGGCCGAACGUGCGCAGCAGAUCAAGUACAAGAGACAGGAGGCUGAGGAACGGCUGAAACUGAAGCAAGCAGAGAAUGAACUGCUGCUCAUCGCUUUUGAAACAAACGAGAGGUUGCAGGCAGAGAGCAAUCGUCUAGAGCUGCAGGCUGCUUUGCAAUAUCGUGACGAUCUGAAGAGGCAAAUUGAGUACAACAACAUUUCCAGGCAAAAAGAAAAAGAAGAACUGGAGAAGCAACUCCAGGAAGGCGCCAAGGAAGAGGAAGAAUACAAAAACAUGGUAGAGCAAAUAAUCAAAGAAGAAUUAAACCAAAAAGGAAACCAUCCAUUCCGAAGAGCUCUGGAACAAUGUAGCUGUCGUUCCGCACCAUAGACCUCGAACAUGAAAAAAAAAGCAGAUUCUUAAAAAAUGUCUGGUGUAUUAAAAACAUUUGCGAAUAAUACAAAAGGUUUUUACU